AUGGCGAGCCCUCAGGCCUCUAAGAUCGACAAGGCGAAUCACCUUCUUCUGGACCAGCCUCUGCUCCGGCUGCCAUAUGAGCUUUUGCGCAACAAUUUCCGAUCAGCACAUUUUACUGUGGAGAAGGAGAGCGUUGCGGUCAAGAAUGCGCUUCGAGAAGCAGCCACAGCCGGGCUCAACGGACGAUUGUCGACAGAGGAUGUGCUGCGCAGCCUAGAUGCCAUGGUGGUGCGGAUGCGAGGCGUUAAGCGCAAGCUGGAGACUGGCGCAGCCGAGGAGGACCGACUGUACAGCCAGGUGGACGCUCGGACAGCCCACCUGGCCGAGUUGACCGACAUCCACAGCCUCGACGACGUAGCCUACGAGGCGUGGAGCCGGCGCCGUCUGGAUCGCCUUCUGGUCGACUAUCUGCUGCGGCACGGCUACGCCGCGAGUGCAGAGGGCUUGGUAGAAGGGGUAGGCGGGAUCGGAACGAGGGGGGCCGAAGACGACGGAAGCAAAGGCACGAAAAGCAUAAGCACUACAACCUCCGAAGUGCCCAAAUCCGCCAAGUACACAGGAAACCUCCGCGACCUUGUCGACAUGGACACGUUUGCUAACAUGCGGCGAAUCCGCAUGCGGCUACUUCGAGACCACAGCGUCAUUGAGGCGCUGGCCUGGUGCGCCGACAACAAGAAGGAGCUGCGUAAGAUGGAAAGCCGGCUCGAAUUCAUGCUGCGGUACCAGCAGUACAUCGAGUUGGCGCGCACGCAGGAGCCUGCGCGACUGGCCGACGCCGUGGCCCAUGCGCGGCGCCACCUGUCCCCUUGGCACACCAUUUUUCCAGCCGAGUGCCGCCAGGCCGCCGCUUUGCUCUGCUACCCGCCGGCCGAACCGCCGGCCGAGUACGCCGAGCUCUGGAGCCUCGAACGCUGGGCGGUUCUGGCUGACCUCUUCACCACGACGCAUUACCAGCUGCUCGCCCUACCGUCAGUACCGCUGCUGCACCUGGCUCUUUCGUCCGGCCUGUCUGCACUGAAGACGCCAGCUUGCCACUCGUCUUCGCCUGCCGGCGCCACCCUACCGGUGGACCUCUUGGAUGCUGAUGACGGCGACGACGACCGCGGCCACGAUCAUCGCCAGGAGACGCCCACUCCUACAUUUUCCCCCUCCACCACUCAGGUCGGCGCAUCCGUCUGUCCGAUCUGCUCGCCCGAGCUCAACGAGCUGGCACGUUACGUCCCCUAUGCCCAUCACAGCAAGAGCCACGCUGAACAGGACACAAUGAUGCUACCCAACGGCCGCGUCUACAGCCUUGCCCGGCUGCAUGAGUAUGCCCGCAAGUCGGGCCUCGCCCCCGGCAUCAUCAAGGACCUGCGCACCGGAGACAUCUAUCCCGUCGACCAGCUGGUCAAGGUGUUUAUAUUUUGA